AUGAUAAAGAAAAUAUUAGUUGAUAACGGAUCUGGUGUUGUCAAAGCAGGAAAUUAUGACGAAGAAUUUCCAUCUCUAUGUGAACCAACGAUUGGUGGCACUCUUGAAGUGAGAAAUGAAGAGACUGGUCGUCCAACUACACAACUGUUUGGUACUCAAGCUUUUGAAAGUCGUCUUACUGUUCCACUGAAGUACCCCAUUAAGCGUGGAAUUAUUAUAGACUUUGAUUUAAUGGAUUCUAUAUGGGAUGCCGCUGUUGACCCUUUACAAGAAAACAAUGAUAAUCACAUUCAAGUGGUUAUGACUGAGUCAACAACAAACACUCAAGCAAAGCGAAUAAUAACUGCCAACCAUGUAUUCCACGAAGUCUAUGCCGAUUCGUUCUACUUAGGAGCGUCACCUUUGAUGGCGAUGUAUGGAGAGAACAUGUCGACUGGACUUGUAAUAGAUUCUGGUGAUGGGAUAACUGAAUGUGUUCCAAUAGUCGAUGGCAAGAUAAUAAGAAAUGCAGUCACAAGUAGUUCUUUUGGAGGGAGUGAUAUCACAACACAUUUAAUGAAGUUAUAUGACACGGUAGAAGAUACCACUCUCGACUUCUUUGAGAAGAAGAAUAGUGUCCAACGGAUGAAAGAAGAGAUGUGUUAUAUCACUUUAGACAUCAACAAAGAAAGAACUAAAAAUGAAGGAAAAGAACAUGUAUAUCGCCUUCCUGAUGGAAAGUAUUUGAAUGUCGGUGAAGAGGUCUUUCAAGCGCCUGAAGCCUUAUUCCAACCACGACUCAUUGGGUCGUCUUCCGAUUCCAUUCCUCUUUUAGCUUUAAAAGCUAUUAACCAAGUUAAAGAAUCUGAUCGAAAGGAGAUGUAUACUAACAUUCUAUUAGUUGGAGGAAAUACUUUAUUUCAAGGAUUUAAAGAGAGACUUCAAUUUGAAUUAGAAAGACUUGCACCCAAUGAAACUAUUAAAAUUACUUCAGCACAUCACGGAAUAAAUUCUGCUUGGCUUGGACUCAAAGUCAUAUCUUCAAUAGAAACUUUUUCGAAUUUGACAAUAACUAGAGACGACUAUCAAGAAAAUGGAGACGACGCGAUGAAGGCCAAAUUUAAAUAA